AUGGCAUCGCAUAAGUCGGCCCAGAACCUCAACGCGAAGCUCGCGAACCCACUCGCGGGAAUCUCCCAUGAGCAGCUCAUGGCGAAUGCCGCCGAGUACGCGCAGACGCAUGGGCUUGCGGAGUACACGGAGACUAUGCAGAAGGGUGCGCUCGUGGCACAAGACCCGGCGUUGUUUGAGAGCCUGCCGUUGCUGACGGACGAGGACCGAAACGUGCUGCGAAGGGAGAUCACGCACAAAUGGGACCAGCCGUUUAUGCUGUACUACCUCGUCGUGAUGUGCUCGAUCGCUGCUGCCGUGCAGGGGAUGGAUGAGUCCGUGAUCAACGGGGCCAACCUCUUCUUCCCAAGGCAAUUUGGUAUCGACCCAGGGCCGGGGACUGGAGCCAACAGGAAUCAGUGGCUAGUUGGUCUUGUCAACUCAGCACCAUAUCUAUGCUGCGGAGUCCUUGGAUGCUGGCUUACUGGCCCUUUGAACGAUUGGCUAGGCCGUCGUGGUGCAAUCUUCGUGACCGCCAUGUUCUCUUUCCUCACUUGUAUCUGGCAAGGUGUCACCAACUCGUGGCCUCACCUGUUCGUCGCCCGCUUUGUGCUCGGCCUUGGGAUUGGUCCAAAGAGUGCCACCGUCCCUGUGUACUCGGCCGAGUGUGCACCCCCUCUCAUUCGCGGCGCCUUGGUCAUGAUGUGGCAGACAUGGACGGCGUUCGGAAUCAUGAUCGGAUACGUCAUGGACCUCGCCUUUCAGAAUGUGCCCGACUCCUCUGGAAUUCGCGGCCUCAACUGGCGGCUCAUGCUCGGCAGCGCUGGCAUCCCUGCUCUGUUCAUCGCUCUGCAAGUGUUCUUCUGUCCGGAAUCGCCUCGCUGGUACAUGAAGAAGGGUCGCCACGAGAAGGCUUUCGAGUCUCUUCGUCGGCUGCGGCACACUGACCUUCAGGCCGCGCGCGACCUCUAUUAUAUGCACGUACUCCUUGAGGCAGAACAAGAAAUAGCCUCGCGCACAGGCAACAAGUUCCUCGAACUCUUCACCGUCCCACGCAACCGGCGUGCCACUCUUGCGGCAACCAUUGUCAUGUUCAUGCAGCAGUUUUGCGGGAUCAACGCGAUUGCGUACUACUCCUCCAACAUCUUCGUCCAGGGCGGCUUCUCGCAGACGUCCGCGCUCAUCGCCUCAUGGGGCUAUGGGGCAGUCAACUUCGUGUUCGCUGGCCCAGCGAUCUGGACAAUUGACACAUUUGGGAGGCGGAACCUCCUAUUGGUGUCGUUCCCGCUUAUGGCAGCGAUGUUGUUGUUGACGGGUUUCGCCUUUUGGAUACCCCAGUCAAGCCCGGCACACAUCGGUGUCAUCGCGCUCGGCAUAUAUUUGUUCACUGCGGCUUACUCUCCAGGAGAAGGUCCUGUUCCUUUCACUUAUUCCGCCGAGGCAUUCCCUCUGUAUGUCCGUGACAUUGGGAUGUCGAUGGCUACGGCGCUGCUCUGGUUCUUCAACUUCGUUGUUGCACUGACCGUGCCUGCACUGCUCGGCGCAUGGACGCCACAGGGGAUGUUCGGAUGGUUUGCGGCUUGGAACGUUUUCGGAUUCUUUGUUGCACUCCUGUUUGUGCCAGAGACCAAGGCGCUUUCCCUAGAAGAACUAGAUCAAGUGUUCUCCGUCCCGACGCAUACCCACGCCACGUACCAGAUCAAAGCAUUCGGGCACAAUUUUCAGAAGUACGUCCUCCGCAGGAAGGUAGGCAAUAUGCCUCCGCUGUACGAGCACGAGGGCGCGAUUGGGGAGAAGACGUACGGAUCCGGGGGCAUCGGCACCAUCUAA